UAGACUGAAAGAGGACACUCUGCAGCCAGCCGAUCUGGUUCUCACUCCAUUACAUCCUAGCCUGUGACGGAGCCAUAUGAGAGUGACUCAACCCCUCCAUGCCUCAGUUUCCCCAUCUGAGAACUACGAGCUCUACUCGGUGGAGCUGGGUCCUGGCCCUGGCGGGGACAUGGCUGCCAAGAUGAGCAAGAAGAAGAAGGCGGGCGGCGGGGGUGGCAAGAGGAAGGAGAAGCUGGAGAACAUGAAGAAGGAGAUGGAGAUUAAUGACCACCAGCUGUCAGUGGCGGAGCUGGAACAGAAAUACCAGACCAGUGCCACCAAGGGCCUGUCUGCGAGCCUGGCUGCCGAGCUGCUGCUGCGGGACGGGCCCAACGCGCUGCGGCCACCACGGGGCACCCCAGAGUAUGUCAAGUUCGCAAGACAGCUGGCUGGGGGCCUGCAGUGCCUCAUGUGGGUGGCUGCCGCCAUCUGCCUCAUCGCCUUUGCCAUCCAGGCCAGUGAGGGGGACCUCACCACAGACGACAAUCUGUACCUGGCAAUCGCUCUCAUUGCUGUGGUUGUCGUCACCGGCUGCUUUGGCUACUACCAGGAAUUCAAGAGCACCAAUAUCAUCGCCAGCUUUAAGAACCUUGUGCCACAGCAAGCCACUGUCAUCCGCGAUGGAGACAAGUUCCAGAUCAACGCCGACCAGCUGGUGGUGGGCGACCUGGUGGAGAUGAAAGGCGGGGACAGAGUGCCCGCCGACAUCCGCAUCCUGGCGGCCCAGGGCUGCAAGGUGGACAACUCCUCACUGACCGGGGAGUCCGAGCCGCAGACCCGCUCACCCGAGUGCACGCACGAGAGUCCCUUGGAGACCCGCAACAUCGCCUUCUUCUCCACCAUGUGCCUUGAGGGCACCGCGCAGGGCCUGGUGGUGAACACAGGCGACCGCACCAUCAUUGGGCGUAUCGCGUCACUGGCGUCGGGGGUGGAAAACGAGAAGACGCCCAUCGCUAUCGAGAUCGAGCAUUUUGUGGACAUCAUCGCAGGCCUGGCCAUUCUCUUCGGUGCCACGUUUUUUAUCGUGGCCAUGUGCAUUGGCUACACCUUCCUGCGGGCCAUGGUCUUUUUCAUGGCCAUCGUGGUGGCUUAUGUGCCUGAGGGGCUGCUGGCCACUGUCACAGUCUGCCUGUCCCUGACAGCCAAGCGCCUGGCCAGUAAGAACUGCGUGGUCAAGAACCUGGAGGCGGUGGAGACAUUGGGCUCCACCUCAGUGAUCUGCUCAGACAAGACAGGGACUCUCACUCAGAACCGCAUGACUGUGUCCCAUCUGUGGUUUGACAACCACAUCCACACAGCUGACACCACAGAAGACCAGUCAGGGCAGACGUUUGACCAGUCCUCGGAGACGUGGCGGGCGCUGUGCCGGGUGCUCACCCUGUGCAACCGCGCUGCCUUCAAGUCCGGCCAGGAUGCAGUGCCCGUGCCCAAGCGCAUCGUGAUCGGAGACGCGUCGGAGACGGCGCUGCUCAAGUUCUCGGAGCUGACGCUGGGCAACGCCAUGGGCUACCGCGACCGCUUCCCAAAAGUCUGCGAGAUCCCCUUCAACUCCACCAACAAGUUCCAGCUGUCCAUCCAUACGCUGGAGGACCCGCGGGACCCGCGACACUUGCUGGUGAUGAAGGGCGCCCCCGAGCGCGUGCUGGAGCGCUGCAGCUCCAUCCUUAUCAAGGGCCAGGAACUGCCGCUGGACGAGCAGUGGCGCGAGGCCUUCCAGACCGCCUACCUCAGCCUGGGAGGCCUGGGCGAACGCGUGCUCGGCUUUUGCCAGCUCUACCUGAAUGAGAAGGACUACCCGCCCGGCUAUGCCUUCGAUGUGGAGGACAUGAACUUUCCAUCUAGCGGCCUCUGCUUUGCGGGACUUGUAUCCAUGAUUGACCCACCCCGGGCCACCGUCCCUGAUGCUGUGCUCAAGUGUCGCACAGCAGGCAUCCGGGUGAUCAUGGUGACGGGUGACCACCCUAUCACCGCCAAGGCCAUUGCAGCCAGUGUGGGCAUCAUCUCGGAAGGCAGUGAGACGGUGGAGGACAUCGCUGCCCGCCUCCGUGUGCCCGUGGACCAGGUUAAUCGCAAGGACGCCCGUGCCUGUGUGAUCAAUGGCAUGCAGCUGAAGGACAUGGACCCAUCGGAGCUGGUCGAAGCCCUGCGCACCCACCCCGAGAUGGUGUUUGCGCGCACCAGCCCCCAGCAGAAGCUGGUGAUCGUGGAGAGCUGCCAGCGGCUGGGUGCGAUUGUGGCCGUCACAGGGGAUGGUGUGAAUGACUCCCCAGCUCUGAAGAAGGCAGACAUCGGAGUAGCCAUGGGCAUCGCUGGCUCGGAUGCUGCCAAAAAUGCAGCUGACAUGAUCCUGCUGGAUGACAACUUCGCCUCCAUUGUGACAGGCGUGGAGCAGGGUCGACUGAUCUUUGACAACCUGAAGAAGUCUAUUGCCUACACGUUGACCAAGAACAUCCCGGAGCUGACGCCCUACCUCAUCUACAUCACCGUCAGCGUGCCCCUGCCCCUCGGGUGCAUCACCAUCCUCUUCAUCGAACUCUGCACUGACAUUUUCCCAUCUGUGUCCCUGGCGUAUGAAAAAGCCGAGAGCGACAUCAUGCACCUGCGUCCACGCAACCCAAAGCGCGACAGAUUGGUCAACGAGCCUCUGGCUGCCUACUCCUACUUCCAGAUUGGUGCCAUUCAGUCCUUUGCUGGCUUCACUGACUACUUCACGGCCAUGGCCCAGGAGGGCUGGUUCCCACUGCUGUGCGUGGGGCUGCGGGCGCAGUGGGAGGACCACCACCUACAAGAUCUGCAGGACAGCUACGGCCAGGAGUGGACAUUCGGGCAGCGCCUGUACCAGCAGUACACCUGCUAUACCGUGUUCUUCAUCAGCAUCGAGGUGUGCCAGAUCGCUGACGUCCUCAUCCGCAAGACGCGCCGCCUCUCUGCCUUCCAGCAAGGCUUCUUCAGGAAUAAGAUCCUGGUGAUCGCCAUCGUGUUCCAGGUCUGCAUUGGCUGCUUCCUGUGCUACUGCCCCGGCAUGCCCAACAUCUUCAACUUCAUGCCCAUUCGGUUCCAGUGGUGGCUGGUCCCCCUGCCCUACGGCAUCCUCAUCUUCGUCUAUGAUGAGAUCCGGAAGCUUGGAGUUCGCUGUUGCCCAGGGAGCUGGUGGGACCAGGAACUCUACUAUUAGAGGGACGGCUGCCUUCAAGCAUCCCUGCAACUGCCACAGCAGGUGGGGGCAGGGCUCGUGGGAGCCUCUGGACAGCCACCAAGUCAUCUGAGCAACCAAGAGUCCCAGCCCCACCAGAAUCUGCUUCUGCAGCCCACGGCACCCCACAUUUGGAGGGACCUGCCCACUCCCCUCCCCCAUCCCCAAGUUUGCACCUCCCGGAGCAGCAGCACCUGGGCAGUCCUCUGAGCUGGCCUUGGGAAAGCCCCCACCUACGGUGGCGGUGGGGCUCUGACAGGGAGUACAGCUGGCCGCUCCUGCAGGGUGUUUCUGUCCUCAGGACUCCAGUCCAGGCAGGAGGGCUGCCCGGGGGCCCUUCGGUAAAGACAUGAUUGUGUCCUGGGCGAUGGUAAUAAAACCAACUCAUGCUGACUGUGCUGUA